AUGGGUGAUCAGGCGUACCAGAAUUUCCAGCAGCAUCAGCAACAAUAUCAAAAUGAACAUAAUACACAGUUGGGGUCAAUAGUAGAUCUCAACCCAGUGUUUCAAGAGAUCAACAAUAUCGACCAAGGUUACAUUAAUAUACAGCCUCCUCCUACUGUCAAUGCGCCAAUUAUACCAACACAGAAGACUUUCAAGUAUGCCAAUGAUUGCUCUAUCAGUAUCGGUUGCACUCCAUCUGGAUUCACCACCAUUCUCCUUCAUAUAAGAGAUACCCCCUAUUUUGGUGUGGGGACAAUAUACAGUCUGAGCGCCUUGGAACUGAAGGACGCUACAAUUUACUACAAUUCCAAACACGACUUCCUUCUCGAAGAAGAUAUUGAUCCUAAUAGCAUAUCACCCUUGGAUCUAGAUAAAGAUAGACGACUUCACAAAAUCUGCAUUUAUAAACUAAACGAAACUGGGGAAUACCGAAUCGAUUUUGUAAAGCUUGCCAAGACUGGUAUUGAAGAGCUUGACCGUCAAGAUCCAUGGAAAGACUUUAACGAUAUGCGGAACCAGGGGGCUGGUGAUAGGCAGGUGGAAAUGAUGAGAAAAUUCAUCAACAUUUUAAGCACCAGUCGCAACGAACCUGAUAUUAUAGUCACUUCCAGCAUCCCCGAAAAAUCUCCUGAUCUUAAACCAUGCGUAGGCAUAAUGGAGUUUAAAAGAGUCCAGUAA